GCUCUUUUUAACUUACUGCUUCACGUUCAAUGUCUCUUUCUACCAACCACGGUCAGAGUCCAGGCGCAAUUGGGGCGCGAUAACGGGUGCCGCCAAGUGGUCUCUGGCGACAGAUGAGCAGUCCAGUCCGUGGUCAUUUGUUAGCACCAGCACAACGGGCCUCGAACCUCGAUCCCCGGCCGCUCUGGCGAAAAGGAAAAGUGAGGAGUCGCGUUCCCGGAUUCGGACGGCUGCUCUGGACGUCACCUUAGCUCCCUACCUGCCACCGCGAUAUUUUUCUGGCCCAACAGCAGGAGGGCGUCGUACUGAGUGGCCAGGCUCCUCGUCUCGGUCCAGUCGAAUGGCUGGCUCCUGCUUAUUAACUUUGGAGACCGGGCAAGGUAGGUAGCCUGAAUCGUCCUUGCGAGUUAACCCAGGCCCGGUGCGAUACAAUUGUAGAGGCGGCACGCAUGAGGAGAGGAGGAUCAGGGCUAGCUCUUCUUCACAUUCAGCUGCAUCGUCGACUUUUUCGUGCAACCAAUUAUAAUUCUCGGUGUGAAGGCUGGGAAGCUUUGCGACCUCUCCUCGUCUGUAGCGUCUUCCCUCAAAGUUUCACGACCAGCCCUUUACCCCUUGGGCCAAUUGAAGCAUCGUCGAACCUCUCAUUCCCACCUCUUGUAGCAACUGUUUUUCUUCCCACGGAGUUUGCGCUUGCAUCUCGCGCGCGCGAGCCAACUUUUUACUUCGCGGAAUCACUGCAAAGAUGAGCGACCGCGUUCUGCGCAAGCGCCCUGCUGCACCAACGCCCGCAGAGCCUCCGGCAAAGAAGGCCGCGCCCAAGCCGAAGAAUGUGGCCGCCAAGGUCGUCGACUCUGUGAAAUCCGGAGUCGCCAAGGCCAGCGCGAACGUCGAGGCGAAGGCGACCGGCGAAAAGACUAGUUCUGCAGGUGGUGCGCCCCAAGUUGGAGACGUCAUUGACGUCGCUUCGUUUGGUGGCGAGUUCGAGACGAACGAUGGCAAGAAGGUAACCUUGAAGGAGCUGCUAGAUGAGAGCAAGAGCGGUAUUGUUUUGUUCACGUAUCCCAAGGCCAGCACGCCAGGAUGCACCACACAAGCCUGUCUCUUCCGCGACGGCCACGAGACUCUCACCUCGACGGGCUACACAAUCUACGGCCUCAGCGGAGACUCGCCCAAGGCAAAUACCACCUUCAAAACGAAGCAGAAGCUGCCGUAUACACUUCUCUGCAACCCGUCGUACAGCCUCAUUGGUGCGAUCGGCAUGCAGGACAAACCCGCCAAGAAGACCAAACGUGGUGUCUUCGCCUUGGACAAGAGCGGGAAGGUUGUUAUCGCGCAGCGCGGUGGUCCGCAAGCUACGGUUGACGCUGUCAAGGAAAUGGUCGACUCUGCCGUCAAGGGAGACAGCAACAAGGCACCAGAGGAUGGUGCAGAGACGCCGGGUGCGGUGCAAGCGGCUGAGACCGCGGGCGAAGUGGCGGAUGCAGCGAGAGCUGCUCAUCUGGACGAGACGCCUCAGGUUGGUACGCCAGCCUAGAGGGCAGAGUGGUGCUGCUUCACAUGUGCAUGGCGUCUUCUUCAGCUUCAAAAAGGGCGUGGGCGUUACGAAAUUGAAGUCACUGUAAUAGUACCAAUGCAAGUUUUAUAUAUAUACAUAUGCAUGUAUGAAAAAAAAGGCGAUGC